AUGUUCAAAAGGCACAAGUCCCUGGAGCGCAAGAGGGAAUUUUUAUUCCAGGGACUUCCACAGUCCACAAUGAAGAAUAAUACAAGAAAUUUCCACUCUCUGUCACAACUUGUACUCUCAGCAGGCCCGCUAAAGACAACCCGAGCACUCAAACUUUCUAAAACAACUCACUUUGAGAUUGAAAUACUGGAUGCUCAUACAAGAAAACAGAUAUGUGUUGUGGAUAAGGUACCUCAAACAUCAACUAUUCAUGAUGUCAAACAAAAAUUUCACAAAGUGUGUCCAAAGUGGUACCCUUCCCGAGUUGGCCUGCAACUAGAAUAUGGUGGCCCUUUUUUGAAGGACUAUGUUACUAUUCAAAGUGUUGCAGCUUCUUCAAUUAUCACACUCUAUUUUACAGACUUAGGUCGACAAGUCAGUUGGACCACAGUCUUUUUGGCUGAAUACUCAGGACCUCUUCUAAUAUACAUUCUUUUCUAUUUGAGGAGCUCAUACAUAUAUGAUGUGAAAGAGAUCUCUCGACGGCCUCGACACCCUGUGGUACACUUGGCUUGCUUCUGCCAUUGUAUCCACUACAUCAGACACCUUCUGGAGACGUUAUUUGUCCAUAAAGUUUCUGCAGGACACAGUCCUAUAAAAAACUUGAUAAAGGGAUGUGCAUUUUAUUGGGGAUUUACUUCUUGGAUUGCUUAUUAUAUUAAUCACCCAAGAUAUACACCACCAUCAUUUGGAAACAGACAAAUAAUAGUAUCUGCUAUCAAUUUCCUGAUUUGUGAAGCUGGAAAUCAUUUUAUCAAUACAGUGUUGGCUCAUCCAAACCACACAGGGAGCAAUGCCUGUUUCCCAAGUCCAAAUUGUAACCCCUUUACAUGGCUGUUUUUCCUGGUUUCCUGUCCUAACUACACCUAUGAGAUUGGAUCCUGGAUUAGUUUCACAGUAAUGACACAAACACUUCCAGUGGGUAUUUUUACAGUUUUAAUGAGCAUCCAGAUGUCUUUGUGGGCCCGAAAGAAGCAUCAGAUAUAUCAGAAGAAAUUCAACUCAUGUGUGCAUAGGAAAUCAGCAAUAAUUCCAUUCAUAUUAUAA